AAUAAACAACAUAAAUAAAAUUAAAAAUCAAUUUUAAAAAAUUUAAUUAAAUUCAGACACAAAAUUUGAUAAAAAGAAGUCAACAGUUUCCGCUCGCGCCAAAGUAAAAACUCACAUAUCAAACAUGAGGGCGCAUAUUGUCUUGGGUUUGCUCUGCUUGCUCUGCCUGACCGUGGGCAGUUAUGGACGUGCACGUGACAUUUGUCUGGUACAGCCCUCCAUAAAUGGUCUGUGCAUCUCAAAUACUUUGGGCAUUGUCUACGACUUGGAUACGCAACAUUGCAAAUAUAUGGGCUGCAGCACCGACAAGAAACUAUUUGCAUCACUGGAGGAUUGUGAGAAAAUUUGCAACAAUUCCAGACAUCGUCGGCUACGUAGCAAAUACAACAAUAAGACGAACAAUGUGAAUAGAGAAGAAUAAGUGAAUGAGAGCAGUGAAGCAGCAAAACAAAAACAUCGUAAUUCC